UCUAGGCAACAUUAGGGGAAAUUUAGCCUUAUUCCAACGAUUUUUUAGCAGGCCUCUCUCCAUCGGUAGCAGAGCAGCCACCGCCCCUCCAGUAGCUCACCUCAUCUCAACGCUCCCUCAACGGCGGAAUUGCCGGCGGUACUCUCUCUAUAUGUGUAAUCAUCAUAUGAUGCUCCUUUGAAGGAGUUUAAUUUUUGUCUUUGUGAUAGGAAAUUAAUUCCUAUCUUGAAAAGGAAUCUGAACCUCCAGACUCUGAUUGUGCAAAUUAAAGCUUAAUACUUUUCCUUGUUGGAGUUAAUUGUCAAGUUAAUGUCUGCAAGAGGGCAUAUUCCACCAUCUUUAGAGGGACGUGUUGUACAAGCUCGUGGGUUGAUGCGACAUGAUCCAUUUCCUCCUGGCCACCAGCCAUUGGACAGAGCUGCUCCUCCAAAUCUUUUAGAGAAUAAGAUUGCUUCUCAGGCAGCUGAGAUUGAACAACUCGCAGAGGAUAAUCGUAGAUUGGCUAAUGCCCACAUAGCCUUGAGGCAGGACCUUGUUGCUGCACAGCAGGAAGUGGAAAGACUUAAGGCACACAUAAGAAGCAUCCAUACUGAAAGUGAUAUCCAGAUUAGGGUUUUAUCAGAUAAGACUGCAAAAAUGGAAUCAGAAAUAAGGGCUGGUGAGAAUGUGAAGGAGGACCUCAAACAGGCACAUAUGGAGGCACAAAGCCUGGUCAAAGCUGGACAAGAGCUGACUACCCAAAUCCAGAAGGCCUCCCAGGAAUUGCAGAAAGCUUGUACUGAUGUUAAGACUGUACCAGAUUUGCAUGAUGAGCUUGACAAUUUGAGGCAUGAAUACAAGAGGUUGCGGGCUACAUUUGAGUAUGAGAAAGGUGUAAACAUAGAAAAGGUGGCACAACUGCAAGCAGCGGAAGAGAAUUUAAUUGGGAUGGCAAGAGAAGUGGAAAAGUUGCAUACUGAGGUCUUGAACGCUGAAAAGAAAGCACGUGCAUCAAACACCUAUGGCAGUGGCUUCGUGACUCCCGAUCCUUCGUACCCAGCCCCCGUACAUGGUGGUGGUGUCUAUGUUGAUGCAUAUGGAAGGCCUCUUGUUCAGAUGAGUGUUGGGCCACUAGUAAAUAGUGCAGCAAUCACCGGUGCAAUUGGUGGUACAGCUGUCUCUAGUGCUGGUGGUGUUGCUGUCUGGGGAGGGCCUUAUGCUCCAUCAUUUUCUCAGAAAUGAGCAUGAAGCAUAUUUUGUCAGUGGCUGUCAGUAGGCCUUAUGUCUAGCAUUAUGGGCUAACUAUAGUGCCAUUUUGUGCGUGAAUUGCUAGUUGGUGAAUUUGGUGAAAGCUUCCAUGAGAGGCUGUUUCGUAAGCUUCCACUAAUGCUUUGCAUUUCUAAGAUGCAUUGUGUUGGAGUUAACGUUAUUGUAUAUUAUUAGUUUUCUUUGGGCAUCUUUAUUACUCUGAAUAUUUUAUCUACAUAAUAAAAAUAUAUGAAAAUUAAAUUUGAUUAA